GGUGGUAAAACAAUCGCACAGGUUGCCCAGAGAGGUGGUGGAUGAACCAUCCCCCUUAAGACAUUUAGGGCCAGGCUGGAUGUGGUCCUGGGCAACCUGAUUUAGUUGAAGGUGUCCCUGCUCAUUGCAGGGGUGUUGGACCUUUAGAGGGUCCUUCCAACCCAAACUGAUCUACGGUUCUGUGACUGCAUGACUUGUGUUGAGGUUCCUUUAGGGCAGGGAAUACUGGGCAGUAUGUCUCUCCCUCCGGGAUUACAUGAGAAAACUAAGUAAACCGGUUUCUUUUCUCUCGGUGAUUGUCCUUUCCACUGAGGAGACCGAAGCCCAUUUCGAUGCUUUUUUUCCCUAGCUGCCCCCACUGGCUUGGGUGCUGGGGAAGUGGGCGGGGACAGGCCUUGGAGAGCAGGCUUUUCACAGUCGCCGAGCAGCGGUGUCACUUCGGGCUGCAAUAAACUGUGUUAUGUCUAUGACACACGUUAGUCAACGCCAACGUUUGUUAAUUACAAAAAGGGAAAGUUCUGUAGCCCUCCAUUCCCGCAGCAACCCGGAAGGGGGCGGGCGCUCCGCGGCGGAAGUGCGCGGCGGCGCUCGGGCCGGCCCCGCAGUUCGCUCCGCCGGGCCAGCGGUGACUACAGGCGGCAUGAGGCUGCGGCCGGUGCGGUGCAGGUAAACUACAAACAUGAAGAAAUUAAAGCUUAAAGAACUAGAAAGCUGUCUUCAACAAGUUGAUACUUUUGAAAAUCCAAAACUACUCCUUGAACAGUAUCCAACAAGACCUCAUAUUGCAGCAUGUAUGCUUUAUACAAUUCACAAUACUUUUGAUGAUAUUGAAAACAAAACAAUUGCAGACUUAGGAUGUGGUUGUGGCAUGCUCAGCAUUGGAAGUGCAAUGUUAGGAGCAGGGUUCAGUGUGGGGUUUGACAUUGACGCAGAUGCACUGGAAAUAUUUAAUAGUAAUAUUGAAGACUUUGAGCUCACGAACAUCAACAUGGUUCAGUGUGAUGUCUGUUCUUUAUCUGACAGCAUGUCAGAGACUUUCGACACAGUUAUUAUGAACCCUCCUUUUGGUACCAAGCAUAAUAAAGGAAUUGAUAUGAUUUUUCUGAAAACUGCAUUACAGAUGGCAAAAACAGCUGUAUAUUCCCUUCACAAAACUUCAACACGGCAGCAUAUUCAAAAGAAAGCAGAUGAAUGGGAUGUGAAGAUGGAAGUCAUAGCAGAACUUAGAUAUGACUUACCAGCAUCAUACAAGUUCCAUAAGAAGAGAUCACUCUCACAGCGCACCACUUGCCCAUCAGCCUCACUCCGGGUACCAAAAUACUCAGAACCAGCAACCUGCUUUACACAUAAGGAGGCUCAGCUCUACUGCUAAGAAGAAAUGAUGGAGUCUGUCCUUAGCAGUAUAAACCCAAACUGUAGGAGUGUAAAACAACACAAAGCCUGGCACAAGUCCUCCAGAUUACAGCUACCACCAGGAAAAGUUUUUCUAAAAAGCACCCAUUUGGCUGCAAUUAACAAACUGAAGGCAAGAUUUAGAAAGGCUUGAGCUUUCCAUACAUGGAAUCAGUUCAGACACUGACCAACCUCUAACCUAUUUAAAAUAAAACAGAAGGAGCCUUCUAAUUUAAGAGAACCUCUAGUCUUGCUGCACAUGCUCACUUCAGGCUCCUUAGCCCUGUCAUUUGGCACAAGCUAGUCUGGAUCCAGCUUCCAGGAAGAUCAAUAGCUUUCAGUUGCUGUGCAGCAACAUGGACUGAUAAAAAGCUACCUCCACAAGAACAGGCAUAGUCUGAACAUGCAAAAUCCCAUGUAAGAUUUUAUUUUAAGUGCUUUCUUAGACCACCCUGACUUGUUCCUUUGAUGUGCCAACAGUCUGCAUGAGAACCACUCAAGAUGAAAACAAGUUAAAAUAAUGCAAGUAGAUAUGUGAUUUAAAUUAUAAAUGGAAAAUGACAGUAGUCAAGCCCUGUAAUUAGAAGAAUUUGAUGCCACACCGUAUUAGCUAAAUCACCCCAGAAAAACUCUCCAGUUAAUUUCAGUCUUACCAGCCACUUAGUUUCAAGGUCUGGACAAAGCCUAGUUGCAGGCUAACUGCUUUUACUGUUACUGUAAUAGAAUGAAAAGCUUAAUUAAAAAUAAAAGGUUCCCCAAUAAAGUCACACGAACUGUUACUCAUCCCAUGCCGUGUGCGAGAACCUGCAUGUAAAAGGCCUGGGCCUUCUGACCAAAUUCUUGUAUCAAAUUGCAGCAUUUUAUUCAAGCCAAGGAUUAAUUGCCACCA